AGAGACGCAGUGUAGUUUAAAUCAUUUUUUCAGCAAACUAAUAUUUGUGUUUAUUUUUUAGGAAGCGUACAAAAUUUUCAAGUGCAACAAAAAAAACGAAAAACAAAAAAAGAGGUAAUUCCAUUGCAAAUUCCAGCGCUAUUAAUCGUUCGUUCCUUCGAUCGAUCGAUCUCGCCUAUCGAUAACAACGACCAUGUCCUAUCAAAUCAAGCGUACGCCAUAUUUUCGGCGCAUGUUCAACCACAGUCGCCGCAAUGGGCAACUGCAGCGUUUGCGCGAGGAAUACGAACGCAUCCAAGAGUUCAAUGAUCGCACCAUCGAGCUGAAGAUGCGCCAGGUGCGUCUCAAGCGAUUGUUUCGUGAAAUCGAGGACAUCAAUGAGUCGCCCAGUCCCCUAACAUUGAGUGCGUCGUCGGCGACGCGUCGCCAACAGCCGCUGCUGCUGCCGCUGACGCCGGAAGCGAUGCAGGCGCAGCAGCGACGCGAACGUGUCGAGGCACUCGAAAGGGCCCGAGAGCUGGGCCAGGAGAUGUCGCGUCGCAACGCCGAGCUGGCAGAGAAUGGCAGCGGUUUCUAUUUGCGCAGCGAACUGCGCGCCACCGCCAAAAUGCGCGCAGCCGACGAGGCGCGUCGCGAUGCCCAGGAGCGGCGUCAACGCGCCGCUCGACGCAUCAGCUAUGGCAAUGCGCAGUCGCGCUCGAAUAUUGAGCGCAUUGCGCUGCGACGCCAGCGGCAAGAGGAGGCCGAUGCGCUGCUCUAUCGGCACGAUUUGCCGACAUCGCCGCCGGCACGACUAUCGCAGCAGCAGGUGUUGCCAGAUCAGUUGAAUGUGGCGCAGCCAGAUAUCGUGAAACGUUCGAUGCUGCAGCAGCGAUUGCAAUAUGGCAACUCGCGUUCCUCCAACAACAUGAUGCGCAGUCAAAUGGCGGCUGCGCAGCGUGUGAUGAAUUGCAUAUCAGGGGCGGAUCAGGCGGCGAGCGUUAAUGCGCAUUUGCAGGUGAUUAAACGGCAUGCGCAAUUGGAGUUUGAGCAUCGAUUGCGCAACACAAACACUCCUUUGCUGCUCGAUACCCAUGCCGAUAACAACGACAGUGAUAACGAUAACAAUGGUGGCGAGGCGCCGACAAUGAAGAAUUCAAAUGCUGUCAACUCUGAGGAUGAAAUGCAGACAGCGCUGCUGCCGCCAACGGAGCACGAACCCUUGAGCUACGACGACGAUAAUAUGCCCAGCACCAGCCAGAAUGCUUUAAGACUAAACAGUGAUGUCGCCGUAGCAACAACGACGCCGCAACCAAGUCGCCUACUUAGUGCAACUCCAUCGGAACGUGCCUCGGAGCGUUGGCAUCGCAUAUCGCUGACAUUGCCCUGGCUGAAGGUCACCACCACACAUGAUCAACACCAGUUGAUGGCUGCUGCCUCCGCGCGUUUGCCCAACAUUAGCAUCUCCAUUGCUGGCGAGGAUGUGAACGACAGCAGCUCAUACAGCACACCGGCAACGCAUGGCAACCACGCGGACAAUUAUCAAAGCUUUAGGGGACCAUCGUUGUUGCAGGAGGAUCUCAUGCAGAUCAUGGAAUUGGACAUAGAUAGACAUGGUCAGCGUCCAUAUCACAAUUAGUUGUCACAUCAACUUUUGCUUUCCCUGCAGAGAGCUUAAAAUGCGCAACGAGAGUUUCGUGAUAUCUUCAUUCUGGAUCUUCGAGAUACAUUUUAGUUGGCGCCAAAAGGAAUCCUGCGAGUCAACGAUCAGACGCUCAGAUCUGUGCCACAUAGAUCAUGUGAAAUGGGCAGAGAUAUAUUCAAACAUUUUCCUUAUUAUAUUAGUUGUGAAUUCAAAUGUAAAUAUACAUUUGAGUGAAAUAAAUUAAAAGUUACAGUUUAAAAUUGA